ACGCGUGACACGACUGCUACAGACAUUGGUAAACGAACAAUAUUACUUUUUUCUCUUUUCCAAAAGCAUGUUCUCUUGACACCUACUGUCGUGAAAAGUAACGAGAAAAUUGACUUUGGUUUCGUUUUGUUUUUUUUUUGUCCUUUUUUAUUUUACACUGCGAUUCUUUUUUUUUUUCGAUCGAAUUUCGUCGAGAAGUUUUCUACGAAGGAUUCAACGAGAAAAGUUCGCGAGGAGAAUGCGAUAAAUAAGGAAUUUUUUCAGAACUCAGGGAAUCCGUUGGAAUUUAAAGGGACAUCAGAAGAUUUACUUCGAAAGAUAUUUCUCACUUCGCAUAUAAUUCUUCGACUUCCAACUUUACUUUUCUGCCAUAAGAUUUACCAAAUAUGCUUGUCACAUUGAACUAGGAGUAAUCAUUCAUCAAUGAGUUUCUAUGACACACAUACAUACACACACACAUAUAUACAUACAUACAUACAUACAUACAUACAUACAUACAUAUAUAUAUAUAUAUAUAUAUAUGUAUAUAUAUAUAUAAAAUCACGAAGAAGAAAUAUAACAAAAUAGGAGCGAAUUAUCGAUCAGCCUAAUUUUCGAAACUUUUCACGAUACCCAAAACCUUUUUAUCUAAACUUUUGAUCAGUAAAAAAGAAGAUAAAAAAAAGAAAGAAAGUUUAUCUAACUGUUAACGAAUUAUCCGUCGGGUAGGACAUUAACACUCGAGAUAAUAAAACGAAUUAUUCGUGAGUUUAUCAAACUUUUAAUAAGCAAUUAUCUUGCAUUUUAAUUAGGAUUCAGGAGUUUUUAGGUGUGAAUUUUUACAUAAAUUUAGGGAAAAGAAAGAGAUGGAAGACAAAGAAAAAGAAGAAAGAAAAUUUAGAGAGAAAGAGAGAGAGAGAGAGAGAGAGAAGAAAAAAUGAGAAAAAAAGGCAAAAAAAGAAGAGUGUGAAACGAGAAACAAAGUGACAGUUUCAGCCCACGAAGAGAAGAUAUAAAGAAGGAGAGAAAGAGAGAUAGAUAGAUAGAUAGAGUGAGAGAGAGAGAGAAAGAGAGAAAGAGAGAGAGAGAGAGAGAGAGAGAGAGAGAGAUAGUGAAGAAUAGGGUCGUAGUAGUCAGAAAAAGACAGAGUAUACGAGAGCUCGUAAGAGUAAGCGAGAUAGAACGAAAAGAGACGCGCAAGCGCCGAUUCGCGGCGUGGAGAACGCUUGCCAUCCGCGUGGCGCGAGUUAGAACUUGGCUUCGUGCUUUUAGUCUUGCCCCGUCCCUUCGUCCAUCCUCGUCCUUACCCGUCUGCUUACUCUACGAUCAACCCUCUAACUACCCUCUUUUCGUUCACGCGGGAAAUUCACCCUCGUGCAUCAAGAACGCGUGCUACUCGUCUUUAUAAACGAGUUCAUUCAUUUGUAAAAAAAAUUAUAUCUUCGAUUGGAAGUAUGACGAUUUUGUUACCGAGUGCCUGUUCAUCCUAUCGAAGACGAAACUUUACUUAAAAAAAAAAAUAAAAAAGAAAAAUAAGAAAGAAACGAUUGAAAAAGUGAUUGGAAAGCUUUGAUGUCCAAUCAUUGAAAAGAAUUUGUAAUGCGAUAUUUUUUAUAAAUCAAAAAAGUAAAAAGAUGUCGGAAGAAUUAUUAUCCCAUCGAGAUUCGACGAUUACAAGAAGAAAUAAUAAGUCAAAUACAGCACAAAGAAGAUGGCGUAUUUUAGCAAAGGCUUUAACAGGCUCUUCGGAUUAUCAAUCAGAAUCAGAUGAGGAGAUUUCCGUACGACGUUUCACUAGUUUUGGCUUACUUAAACCGAUACUGUUAGAGAAUACUGUGACUGAUUCUGACUCUUGUUGGUACGAGUAUUCCGCCAUGUUGGAGAACGAACUCUUUGAAGUUCAGAUACGAAGGAUAAACAAGAAUUUUACUGCGAAUGAACUGAUUGGAUUCAAUAAUACUGGGAAUGUAUGCGUUUGGCCAUCCGAGGAGUGUCUCGCUUAUUAUCUGCUAAAAAAUCGUGAUAUUUGUCGAAACAGAAGCGUUCUCGAGCUUGGUGGUGGGAUGAGUUGUCUUGCUGGUAUCCUCGUUGCAAAAUACUGCAAUCCCAGUGCAGUCACGCUCACCGACGGCAACGUUACCAGCGUCGAUAACGUUCGUUGCAUCGUCCUGAGGAACGACAUGGCUGAUUUUGUCGAGUGUGGGGUUCUUCAAUGGGCAAGGGCUGCACGAGCUCUUAGGCAAGCUAUCGCAAACAAUUGCAAUCGAAAGGCACGCAUCAUCGAGGAGGAGGAUGAUCUACCAAGCAAGAAAAGGUCUUACGACGUGAUCCUCUGCGCAGAUUGUCUUUUCUUCGACGAUGCCAGGCUUGACCUGGUCGAAACGAUUUAUGGUUGGCUUGCUGACGACGGUGUGGCCCUGGUGAUAGCACCUAGACGUGGAACGACGUUUCAGAAAUUCGCCGAAGCCGCGAUCAAACGUAGUUUCAUAGCCAGGCAGACCGAACGAUACGACAGCGAGGUCUGGUCGAGACAUCUGGAACUCUUGGAUCAGAGCCAGGAAUAUUCAGCCGAUUUGCAUUAUCCUGUUCUCCUGGAGCUCAGCAAGCAGAAAAAGACACCACCGGGAUGAUCGAGAUCCAUUGGGGAUGAAGAGGACGAAGAAGAUGACCUUGACGAGAGUAUCAGCGAAUGAAAUCUCUUUUUUACUCUUCAAACAAAAUGUCUUUUUUCUCAGUAUUUCGUUGAAGUUGUUUUUCAAGUCAAGAUCUAUUGAGAUAAACGAACGUUGUUUAUAUUUUAUGACAACGGCAAACGAAUGGUGAAUAAUGAGAAAACUGUUAAAGAGUUCAAAGUUCAACGACGAUCAUCGAAAAUUACAUUCGAAGAGUACUUUGUCGAAUCGUUUGGAUUUUCGAAUAGAAACUCGAGAGAAAGUUUUCGUAGCACGGAGAAACGCGUAAAACCGAAUGGCAUCGUUGUUCAGCGUUAAUAACGCGUUAGCCAAAUUGACGAUGCUCCAUCGGCUUCCUAGCAUCAUCUUAAGACUUAGACGACGUUGAAGAUGUUCUUGGAAUACUAUUCUCUAUCUUUCUCUUUCUCUCUCUCUCUCUCUCUCUUUCUCUCUCUCUCUCUCUCUCUCUCUCUUUCUCUCUUUCUCUCUUUCUCUCUCUCUCUCACUCUCUCUUUCUCCAAGUUACCUACUAAAGGCCAUUUUCAUUAUGCUCGAAAAUGCAUCUCGUUCGUAUACGAGAGUGCACGUGGAUCCUAAGUAUAAUAUUUAUACAACAAAGGUAACAUUUAAUCCUAUUUAAAUGAGAAAAUAUUAAAAAGUAAUUAGUUAAUUCUAUAAAAUAACUUUUUUCCAUUGUUUAAAAGGAGUUUGGGAGAUCAUUGAGAGAAUCGUAUUCAACGUACCUGAUUUUUCAUAGAACGAAAAAGUCAGUGCUCCGAUAUCCCAUUCUGUGACUGUAAUUGUGUGUGCGUGUGUGCUGACAAGUUUCUGUAUAACGUACGUAUAAGAUUUGAAUAAAUGUGUUGAUGACACUGUGUGUGGGGUGUUGAACGGCGAGAAAAAAAAUACAUAAAAUUUUAUUAAAUUCUUAUUUAUUUGUUUGCAAAUUUCUUUGAAGAUUAAAAAAAAAAAAAGAAAAGACAA